ACAGCGUCUUUGUAAAAUAUAAUCAUGCUGAUAUUCACGCCUCUUUGGUUAUGUGAUGCAAUUCCACAGUGUUCUCAAACAACUGAAAAAAAUAUUACGAUUUCUGAAUUUAAUGUACACAUAUCGUUAACUUAAAAGAAAAGGAAAUAACCCUUACAGCAGAUUUCUGAAGUAACGGAAAUCUGUUAACCACCAGUUUGACCUCUCGCGGUUUCAUGUCGAAUAUGGAAGAACUAAAGGAGGCAAAUCAAAUUAAUAACGAUGAGAAUGAGUUGAAAGACACAGCUUUUGUAGAUGAUUUUAAAAAAGAGGAGCAAGAAGAAGAGGAUGAAGAAGCAUUGCCACACUCUGAAUUUCUUGACAUCUUUGAGGAAGGUCUUGCUCUGAUGGUGCAGGACCCAUUACUGUGUGAUCUGCCAAUUCAGGUCACACUGGAGGAGGUGAACUCACAGGUAGCUCUGGAGUAUGGUCAGGCCAUGACUGUUCGAGUUUGUAAGGCUGAUGGAGAAGUCAUGCCUAUUGUUGUUGUGCAGUCUGCUACAGUGCUGGAUCUGAAGAAAGCCAUUCGCAGAUAUAUGGAGCUCAAACAGCAGCGAGAGGGAGGUGUCAAGCACAUCAGCUGGAAAUAUGUGUGGAGAACAUUUAAUCUGGUCUUCAAUGGAGAAAAAUUAGAAGACGACAAAAGAAAGCUGAAGGAUGAUAUCACAUCAGAGAGGAAUGGGGCUCCUAGAGGUUUAGGAUCAAGUGUACGUGACUUUUCAGCUCUCAAUAUGCCUGGACCGUAUCGUGAGCAGGAGCUGGCGAAUAUCUCGGAGGAGCUGAACCAACUCUCCAUCCGCAGGCAGCAGAUCAACGACAGACGCAAUGUUCUGGGUUUGCUGAUCGAAUUCAGGCAAAAUACCGGGAGAAAUGAACAACAGUACUCCCAAUUAAACUCAGAAAUGCAAGAACUUGAUAAGGAACUUGAAGUUCUUUCUGAGAGGAAGAUACAACUGUUGGCAGAGCAAGAGAGAUUAAGAAGAACUACACGUUUAAUUGACACAUCUGUAUCGUCUGGUGUUAUUUUUGUGGAGACUCCACCUUCCUUUCCAGCUCCGCAGGUUAUUUUGGAUGUUCAACUACUUCCUCGAAACCCAGCCCAGACACAGUGUCCAUUCUGCCGCCAAUUUGUGACCACAGAGGUCACGACCACCACUGGUAGUGUGGCCUAUCUCGUGUGUCUUAUUUCCAUUGUCUUUGGUUGUGUAGCUGGCUGCUGCUUGAUCCCAUUCUGUGUGGAUGCCUUCAGAGAUGUCGUUCACAAGUGUCCAAAAUGUCGGAGUAAAAUACACACCUGCAAGAAGCUUUGAUGGUUGAAGCUCUUGAAAACACAACAGAGAGAAUUAAACUGAAUCAUCACCAGAACAUCUGUGCUAAACAGAGAAUUUUGAAUUUUUGCGCAACACUUUCAGGGUUUACUGGAAUAUAAAAUGUGGGAUCAAAACACUACACUAAACAAUGGGACCUUGAAAUGGAACAAGAGUUCUAUGAUCAAAUUGAAUUCAAAAUUGUUCUAUGAUCUUGUUUUGGAAACAGCUGUAUAAUCUGCCCACAUGAAUAUUAUAUUUUUAUAUAAAAUAUAUAAUUUAUGAAAAAAAUAAAAAUAAAUCACUAUUAAAACAAA